AUGUCCGCGACGCUGGCGGAUCCGUACCGAGACUAUGCCAUUGACUACUCUCAACAUGCUAGCUGCAAACCUGAGGAACAUGAAGGCACGCUCGUCUAUCACUCCCAGCAGCCGCACAUUCAGCACGCGAAACAGGCAGACACUUCGUUCACAUCUGGAAACUCGCACGGCGCAGCGUUCGAGCAGCACCAUGCGAAUGCGACCGUGCUUCCAACCGCGACACCACAAUCCGCAGUUCCCGAUAUCUCGCAAGCAGUUGUCCUCAACCAGGCUCAAAUGCUACCCCGUCAGCUUCCGGUGCAGUACACCACUGCCAACUUUGACAUCGCGUCGUCCGUUCAGCGUGGCAAGAAGAGGCCUCAUUCCGAAACCGAGCCAGAGGGUGGUAACACAGACCAUGGAAUCAGACAGUUACCAGUCCUUCCACCAGAUGCGCCCUCCGAAGCAACCCAUUCUCCCGAAAUGCUCUUCUCCGUGCAUGGAGAUUCCUCACAGCACCAUCACCCAAUGUCAGGCCACGGCUUCGGGCCAACAGACCAUAUGGGCCUACCGCAACAUCACCACCACCACCAUCUCCCUCCUCACACCUCGAUUCGCGCUGCAGAGCGCCAGGGUAUGAAUAUAGAGACAUCGCCUCUGCCGUCUGGCCCACCGAGUGUCGUGGGUCAACCGGGGAUGCCUGAACCGGCACCUCGACCGCGCGGCCCCAAACUCAAGUUUACUCCGGAGGAAGAUGCUUUAUUGGUUGAAUUAAAAGAAAAUAAAAACUUGACUUGGAAGCAAAUAGCCGACUUUUUCCCUGGUCGAACAAGCGGCACGUUGCAGGUCCGUUAUUGCACCAAACUGAAGGCGAAGGAUGUGGCUUGGAGUGAUGAAAUGGUGCAACGACUGCGGCGGGCUAUCCAAGAGUACGAAAACGAUCGCUGGCGUAUAAUUGCUGGAAAGGUUGGCAAUGGUUUUACGCCUGCGGCUUGUCGAGAAAGAGCAACACAGCUCUAA